AUGGCCUCAAAGCGUAAGGCGUCCCCCGACUGGGUAUCGCAGGCCAAAAGGUUACACCAAGCUGCGAUGGACAGCGACGACCGGAUCUAUGAAGAAGUCCACUCAGAUGCCGAGUACUCAGCGCCUGCAACACCGAGUGCCAUGGACGAGGAUAUGCUGGAUACACCGACAACCCCCUUCUCGACCACCUCGUCUCGAUACCCUUCCGAACUCAAAACCCAUCGCUGCCCUUUUGAAGGCUGCGACAAGGCCUUCAAUCGCCCUGCUCGACUUCAAGAGCACAUCAGGUCUCAUAACAACGAGCGGUUAUUUCAAUGCACCUUCGAAGAUUGCGACAAGACCUUCUUACGAGCCUCACAUCUCACCCAUCAUGUAAAGAGUGCCCACACUGGAGUUCGCGACUACGUCUGUGACCGCCCAGGCUGUGGUAAGAGCUUUGUGACUGGAUCAAGGCUUCGCCGCCAUAUCGCUGCGCACGACGGGCGGGACAAGUACCGCUGUACAGAAUAUCCGCCAUGUGAAGAAACCUUCCGAAAGCACACCACACUCCAAAAGCACAUUAUGACCGUUCAUAUGAAUAAGAAGCCUUUUCCAUGUUUGUUCGUUGAUCCGGAUACUGGGAAGAAAUGUCAAAUGGCAUUUGACACGGCGGGUCAUCUCCGAGCCCACGAGAGCCGGGUACACACUGAGAAGCGAUUUAGCUGUGAGGAGUGCUCACAACACCUACAAGAGCAAGCAUCCGACAUGGGAACUUUUGACCCUCACCACGACUAUUCCCUCACAUUCCCAACAUAUACCAUUCUCCAAGAGCACAUUCGAAAUGUCCACCCGCCCAAAUGCCCCAACUGCCCAAUCGUCUGCUCGACGUCUCGAGAACUGCGUCGCCAUCUUGAGGUUGCUCACGGUGAUGUCAGUCUCGAAGAGAGAAAAGUCUUCCCUUGCACGAUCGACGGAUGUGAUCGCAGCUUUACGAAGAAAGGCAAUCUGACCGUUCAUAUUCGUACCGUGCACCAAGGAGAGAAGCGCUUUGGAUGCGGUGAGACAGACCUUUCGGCUUCCAAAAAGGUCGAAGGAUGGGACGGCAUCGGAUGUGGAAAGCGGUAUGGCAGUAAGCUUGCACUUGAAGAGCAUAUUCGCACGGCUCACUUGGGAUACCAAAAUGCCAAGGCCGAGCGGCGCCAGCGGCUCGGUCUAGAUAAUUCAUCAAGUGCCAGUCAUAUCUCUACUCUUGCAGCUUUGACUGGUCAAGGUUAUGCGGAGGAAACAGGCCGCCACAUCCUCUGCUUCUAUGACUCUUGUGAACAUCGUUUCCAUCGUGAUUAUGACCUAUGGGUGCACAUGACUGCCAGACAUGGUUGCUCCGAAGAUGAAGUCCAGGGCCUAUUUAUGCAGCGUGCUUUGUUGUCCGACCAGACCGGUCCUGGUGGUAAUGCACUCGGUAUCUACGGUCUGGAGUUUGACCGCUCUGAGCCUUCUCACUCUCAUGGAGCCACGCCUCCUAAUGGUGUUUCUUCGGACAACAACCUAUAUUCGCAACUAAAUGACCCGUCCGGUUUCCCUGGGCAUGGUGGUCUGGAUGCUGAUUUUCUUAUGCAAGAUACCUUUUCCGCCAACGCUGAGCGCAAUAUUGAUUCUGUGAUACCCAGCCAUGACGAGUUGGCGCUGAUGGACCCUGUCCUUGCUUAUCACUUGAUGGAAAGAUGA